CUCGGUGAGCUUUUUGUUGCAUGUUAGGAUUUUUUUCUGGACCGCAUGUAUGGAAUAAAAAAAUUCCUCAACGAGAAAUGCAAAGCGGAAAAAUGACUCUGAAGUUCCGAUUCUCCGCAUUUCGCCAGGAAGCCGCCGUUGAAUGUCAUCAAAUGAGAUCCGGUGGCUUUCCGUAAGCGCUGGCUGCGCCGCUUGUUUUGAUAAAUUGCGGCGAAGGGCUGCAGUUGCAGCACCCAAGCUUACGCCGAUUAUGGCUGUCACACCUCCCUAUAAACACAACCCUGCCUCCUUGGAACUAGCUGCGGAUAGUUGUGUGCAAAGCUGCUGUUCCAAGGAAAUGAUAAUCCGAACCAUAAGCAUGGCCUUUCAAGUAGCCGUUGCACCUGCUGUGACACUUAUUGUAAUCACAUUUUCAAUAUUCAUUAUGCGCUUUCUGCGGAGCUCACCCAAAAGUCUCGUACAGCCUGACUUGCCAGAGCCUGCAGGGAUCAGCAAAAAGCUUUCAGAGGCAUUACCCAACAGUGUCUUUCUCCCACGACAUGCUACGGCUUUCAGUCAGUCGACGGGUUCUUACUGGGCUAAACAAGAGUGUGAAGUAACCCCAGCAUGUGUAGUUCGCCCUUGCAAUGACCAAGAGCUCUCUACUGCUGUCAAAAUACUCAAACACGCCUACGAUGAGAACACUAAAGCAUCUGCUUCUGGAGAGCCAGACGGUGAUCAUCUAUUUGCUAUUCGAAGUGGUGGCCAUUCUUGUGUUGCUAACGCCGCAACUGUCAAGGGAGGUGUCCUCAUUGACCUAAAGUCCUUCAAUGAAGUCACACCUUUAAAUGACCACAAUGGAUCAUGUGUUGUCAUUGGAGCUGGCUGCAGAUGGAUGGAUGUCUCAAAAGUUCUGGAUGAAAGAGGCCUUGCUGUUGUAGGAGGCAGAAACUCUGCCGUAGGUGUUGGAGGAUUGACUCUGGGAGGUGAGCUUUUACCUUCUUUUUGUCCUUCCGAUAGCAGCAUUUACAAUGAUAUUGAAGACAACACUGUAUAUAUACCCAAUUCUUCCUUGCACCGAGGCUAACCAGGCAAUCGAACAGGCGGUCUUUCAUUUUUCUGCCCCCAGUUCGGCUUAGUGUGCUCCAACGUCAUUAGCUACGAUAUUGUUCUUGCAUCGGGAUCAAUUACUACAGCUUCCGCUACCAACAAUAACGAUCUUUGGCGUGCCCUCAAAGGCGGCUCAAACAAUUUCGGCAUUGUUACGCGGUUCAAAGUCCGCAGCUUCCCCUCCGCUAAAAUAUGGAGCGGAUUCCUCUACAUGCCUAGUUCACAAGCUGCCAAAGUUCUUGCCGCCUUUCAUGAAGUUGUCGCUCGAAUAGACUCAGAUGAGCAUGCUGCUGGCCCUAUAGCCUGUUUUACUUAUAUUCAACCGCUGGGCUUGCAAGCUAUUUCGGUAAAUCUCGUCCACACAAAGCCGCCGGAGAAUAAAUGGCCGGCUUGCUGGGAUACAUCUUCUUUCAAGUCGCUCUUUCGCCUUUGGAGCACUUGUAAAAUUCGCACUUUGACAAGCGCCACUGAUGAAAUGAAUGCUCUUAACCCCCCUGGUAGGCGUCAAAUACUCGCCAACACCACUAUUAAGAACGACGUCGCAACUUUAGUCUCCACCCAUGCCGUGUAACAAAAUGCUAUUGCUUCACUCCGGUCCGUUAAAGGUCUGUCAUGGACGCUCGUGUUACAACCUCUUCUGCCGGCUUGGUUACAUAAAGGAGACACAAAUCCGCUGGGCUUACAUGAUGUCAAUGAACCUCUCGUCCUUGUGAGCUUUACUGUGAAUUGGCAGAGAGACGAAGAUGAUAAGCAACUUCAUGCUGCUACCCGUCGCUCGAUUGAAGAAAUUGAGAGAAUUGCGUCAGAAAAUGGAACCAGUCAUCAGUGGCGAUAUCUAAACUACUGUGCUAGCUGGCAGAAACCUUUUGAAGGUUAUGGCGAGGAGAAUCUACGGUUUAUGCGGGAGGUUAGCAGGCUAUAUGAUCCCGAAGGCUUAUUUCAGAAGGGGUGUGUUGGUGGAUUCAAGCUUGACAUGUGAAUUUCGAUAACUUAUGGAGUUGAAUUAUCUUUCUAUUUUCUUCUUUUGAGAAUUGUGACACCUGUGGUUUCUCAAUUUUUUCCUGUAGUAGUACCUAC